CAACUCGUUCGCGCUCUGGGACGAAAACAGAGAAAGGAAGGUGCAGAAAGAGAUGGAGGAAGAAGAGCUAAACAAUGAUACAAACAAGAAGAAGAGCUCGGUUGUGAUAAAAAUACCUUCGUAUCAAGAAGUGGUUCAAAGCUCGCAAGCGAAAUCAACUCCACCGUCUCUGUUCGUUCCCUCCCAAACCUUUUCUGAAGCCUUUGCGUUCCUCAAAUCCUCCGAGUUCUACUCUCCUCCUCCUCCUCCUCUCUCAAGGGAAACUGGUUCAUUGGAUGCUCCAUCUUCAACGUCGACAUCAUCUGCUACUUCUAUUUCUGCAGCUUCAUCGACAUUGCCGUCCUCUAAACUCACUCAAACUCGCAAUGCAAUUCUUGUGAGCCACAGACAGAAGGGAAACCCCUUGCUCAAACAUAUUAGGAACGUUAGAUGGACAUUUGCUGAUGUUGUUUGUGACUACUUGCUUGGCCAAAGCUCCUGUGCUCUCUACAUCAGUCUUCGGUAUCAUCUGCUGCAUCCAGACUACUUAUAUUAUAGAAUAAGGGAGUUGCAGAAGAAUUUCAAGCUUCGUGUAGUUUUAUGCCAUGUUGAUGUGGAGGAUGUAAUGAAGCCUCUACUUGAAGUUACAAAAACAGCUUUGCUUCAUGAAUGUACCCUUCUAUGUGGAUGGAGCCUGGAGGAAUGUGGUCGUUACUUGGAGACCAUAAAAGUAUAUGAAAACAAGCCUGCAGACAUUAUUCAAGGCCAAAUGGAUACAGACUAUCUAUCACGGCUCACACAUGCCCUUACAACGGUUCGGCAUGUUAACAAGACUGAUGUAGUCACCCUUGGUACCACAUUUGGGUCUCUAUCCCACAUUAUGGGUGCAUCUAUGGAGGAUCUAGCUCGUUGUCCUGGCAUAGGAGAGCGCAAGGUCAAGCGCUUGUUUGACACUUUUCAUGAACCCUUCAAGCGUGUGGAAUCUAGCAGGCAAGCCAUUCCAGAGACUUCUGUCCAGAACAAGCCAGCAAGUCCAGAUACAUCAACCAGGAACAAUGCUGAACCUUCCUCCUCAGCUGAAGACAAGCAGAAGGAUGUAGAAGACGUGACCAAAAGGAGGAAGAAAGAACCUGAAUUUACUGUCAAAUCUGCCCUUUCUGCAGCAUUUGCCAAAUAUUCUGACAGAGUUGGGAAGGGGAGAAGCACUUCACACGUGGAGGAAAAAGAAUAAUCAAUUCUUUCAGAGAAUAAGAAGCUGAAGCAUAAAAUUACCAUGAAGCUUUUGACUAUGAUUUUCUCUUGAAACUAGGCUUGAUUUAUAAUCUCUGUGCAUCUCAAGCCAGUGUGGAACUACUCUUUGGUCUAGAAGCAAUCUGGGCUACUUUUUCUUGGUUGUGGAACUUCGCUUUCCUCCACAUAUAUAUUUAGGGUAGAGUUGGGGUUGUACAGGUUUAGAAGGAAUUUGAGAGGUUUGAAUUUAACUACUGGUUACAAUAAAAUAAGUACAUAACGUUUACUUAGCAAAAUAACUAAAUUACAAUAAUAAAAAAAAGGUAUUGAGUUAUGAGUGAUGACCAUGCUGAGGCACUUAUGAUCUAUCUCCUGGGCAUUUUUGGCUCACGUUUUGUAUAUUGCGUUUCUCCACGUUACCA